AUGGCAAGCUCGACUCCCAACCGCCUCAUCCUCGGUCUUAUGACAAUUGGCCCGGACGCCCAACUCGGAGCUCGUAUAACCUCUCUCAACACAUACAAACAGUGCCUGGACUAUCUCUCUAAGAAAGGUUAUCAUGAACUGGAUACUGCAGGCCAGUACGUGGGCGGCCAACAAGAGGCCUUCACACGUGAUGCGGGUUUCCGCGAACGCGGCUUCCAGAUCGCCUCAAAGGUGUACCCCGUGCAGCCUGGUGACCACGAGCCUGAAAAGCUGCGCGCAAAAUGGCUUCAAAGUCUAGAGAAACUCGGAGUCGACUCCACGGACAUCAUGUAUCUCCAUGCGCCUGACCGCGCCACUCCUUUUGAGAAGACGCUUGAAUGCGUCGACCAGUUGUACCAAGAAGGCCGAUUCAAGCAGCUAGGGCUGAGCAACUAUGCCGCCUGGGAAGUCGCAGAAAUAGUCGGCAUCUGUGAGAGGAGAGGCUUUGUUAAGCCGUCAAUCUACCAGGGCAUGUACAACGCUAUCACCCGCGCGCUGGAAUCCGAGCUGCUCCCUUGUCUACGCAAAUUCAACAUCGACCUUGUAAUUUACAAUCCUCUCGUGGCAGGCCUGUUCUCGGGAAAGUAUUCAACGUUAGAUAAGGAAGCUGCACCCACCGAGGGACGCUUUUCCGACAAACAAAACUACGGCAAGAUGUACCGCGACAGAUACUUCAAGGAGUCUGUGAUUGAUGCGCUGGGUUUGGUCGAGCCUGUUGCGCAAGGACACAACAUUCCGCUGAUCGAGGUGGCGCUAAGGUGGUGCGUCCACCAUAGCAAGCUUAAAAUGCGCAGUCAAGGAGGGAACGACGGGAUCAUCCUGGGAAUCAGUUCGUACGAGCAGCUGGAACAGAACAUCGAGGCUUGCGAGAAGGGGCCGCUGCCACAAACUGUGGUGGACGUUUUGGAUAAGGCCUGGGAGCGGACCAGGGGCGAUGCGGCAACGUAUUGGCGGUAA